AUGUGCGCAGACACACCCGCAAACGGGUCUCGCACGCAAAAAUGGGAGACCAUAGACCUCCCACGGACCCACGUCCUUCGACAUUUGACAGACGCGCAUUGCCACCCGACAGACCUCAGCCCAACAACUGAGCAGCUAGACGGGGUCCUCCUCGGCGGCCUCGCGGCCAUGGCUACGUCUGAUGACCAGGAAAGCGUCUGCAGACUCGGCGCAGCGCGACCUUGGCCACUGGACGAGCCUGAGGCCUCGUCGUCGUCGACUAAUGCGCCUCGUGUGGUUGCUGGCUUUGGCUAUCACCCGUGGUUUGUGCACCUCUACUCUCUCCAGGACCCGCCACUGCCCAAACGCGAGCACUACCAGGACCUCCUGUCGCCCAAACCCGCGCUCAUGGACCAGUUUGACGAGCUGGUCGAACAGCUACCAGAGCCCAAACCGUUCGCCCCCGCGCUGGCCCGCAUACGCGAGCAGGUAUCCGACGCCAAGGCUUCAGGCCGUCUAGUCCUCAUUGGCGAGAUAGGCAUCGACGGGAGCGCGCGCGUGCGCGUCCGCCCAACCCACUCGACUGGCAACUCGGGCGACUGGACACCGAGCAACCUCACCCCGUUCAAGUGUUCCAUCAAGCACCAGGUGGCGCUUGCGCGGGCGCAGCUGGACAUUGCGGUCGAACUGGGAGUCAACGUCAGCUUCCACUGCGUCGCCGCGCCGGGAACGACACUCGAGGUGCUCAAGGCCGCGCGCGUGGCACACGGCCCGUCCUUUGGCCGCAUCAACAUUGACAUUCACUCGUGCGGCGGCAUGUCGCCCGCCUUCCUGGCGCAGGCGGCAAAGGUCCUCCCCAACGCAUACUUUUCGCCCAGCAUGGCCGUGACGGCUCGCAGCCCCACUGCGGCCGAGGCGGUACGCGCCAUCCCGCGCGACCGCAUCUUGGUCGAGAGCGACGCGUUCGCCGUCGGCGACAUGACGCGCAUGGUGUGGGCUGCGACAGUGUGGAUCGCAGACUGCCGAGGCUGGCAGGUCGAGGAUGGUAGCGACGAGUGGGAGCUGGAAGAGGAGGAAGAGUAUUAUGAUGCUCGCGGCCGGUUGCAGUUGGCGCCAGAGGAAGAGGUGUGGGCUGUUCGGACAUUGGAGCGUAACUGGGCACGCUUCAUGGGUCAAAUGAUUUAA